UCUCAGUGACGUCAUCGCCGCGCGCCGGGCCCGGUCCGUUCCUCCCCUCCCCCCCCGCGGCGGGAGCGCCGCGCGCGGCCCCGCCACAGUGACGUCAUCGGGCGGCAUGGCGGGCGUCUCCUUCGAGGAGUUCUCGGCGCCGCCGGGCGCGGAGCUGGCGCUGGAGCCGCUCUUCGGGGGGAACAUUCUGGAAAGCGAAGGCGAGCCCGAGGCGGGGCCCGAGGGGGGCGGGGCAGCCCAGGCCCCGCCCCUCCCCCCCACGCCCCGCCCCCUGCGCGGGGGGCGUGGCCAGGAGCGGGGGGGGGAGGGGCCGGGGGGGGAGGGGCAGGGGGGCGAGGACUCCCCGGAGCUGCGGCGGCGGCGGAUGAAGCUGCAGGCGCUGGGGCGGCGCUGCCGCGAGAUACGACAGGUGAACGCGCGGGCGCUGCAGCGGCUGCGACAGGUGCAGCGGGAGACGCGCCGCAUGCGGCUGGAGCGCAGGUUCCUGAUGCAGGUGCUGGACGCUCACGGGGAUCGGUACCGGCAGGGACAGCUGACCCUGCUGCUGCAGGACGAGGGGGGUCCCUCAGGGGGGGUCGCUGCCGCCCCUCCCCCCCCCGGGAACGCCGAGAACGAACCCCCCGGGGGGGGCCCCCCCGCCCCUCCCCCACCGCCCCCCAAAACCCCCCCGGAGCCCCCCGGGCCCAAACGGCGCCGCCGAGACCCCCGGGGGGGGCGCAGGGGGGGACCCCAAAACCCCCCCAGACCCCAAAGGGCCCCCCAGAACCCCCCCGGGGGGGGCACCCAGCUCGGCCCCUCCCCCCCCUGGGGCCCCCCGAGCCCCCCCGAGAGGCCCCCGAGGGUCCCCAAAUUCUCCGACUUCGACUGAGACCCGCGGGGGGACCCCAAAAUCCCCCAAAAAAACCCCAAAAAACUCAAAUUUCUCAAUAAACGAAACUCCAACACCAAAAA